UCAUUGUUUUGAUAGUAGCAUUCGUAAAUUUUUGCGAUUUAAAAUAUAAUUAAGCCAAUGAUGUUCAUAAUUUUAUGAUCAUUGUUUCAUAAGCAAGAUAUUUAAAAUGUCAUCUAAACUACCAAAAGCAGCCCUGAGUCUCAAGCAGUUUAUGCUGCGCCAAGAAGUUUUGAAGCUAUACAGGGAUAUAUUUAGAACACUGCGAUAUGUAUCUGAUGAAUCGACGCGCCUAGAGUUGAAGGAAUGGGCCAGGACUGAUUUCAGGAAUAACAAACAUCAUACAGAUGAAGCAACUAUAAAAUCUAUGUUGUUUUAUGGGAAAAAGGCGUUACAGGAUUUAGAAAAAUCUUUAGCUUUAAGUAGAUCAUGAAAAUAAACUAGAAUUCAAAUUCCACUUUAGUCUGUAUCAAAUGAAGUGAACCCAACUGCAUAAUUAUUUUACUUAGGGAAUCAGUUAUGAAAGUUGAAGAGCUAAUCGUUGUGAAAUAAAGAUAAUGUAUUUUAUUUA